AUGGCUAUGAAAACGUUCGAUAACUUCUUCGGUUACGUCCAUCACAUACCCACGUUUGCAUUUUUGCACCGUGCCUCACUGAUGCAGCGGUUCCAUGCCGGCCUCGUCGAGAAAUCUCUUCUCCUCGCUCUCGUGGGGGUAACAUCGCUUAUGACCGAUCUUGGGCCCGGAACAAGAGAUCUUGGCACGCGAUGCAUCACCGAAGCGGAGGCGUUGGCACUGGGUGGAUUGGAAAGGCCUUCAACGCUCGCCCUGCAGACACUUGUGUUUGUCGUGCACCAUCGCAUCCUAUCUGGCAGGUUUUCUUCUGCCUUUAUGCUGCAUGGAGUGGCCUCCAGAUUGGCAUCAGCUCUGAGACUGGAGCACGAAGACAACCGGCUCUGCUUUCUUGCCCGAGAGUCACGGAGACGGCUGAUGUGGGCUCUCUAUAUGAUUGAUGUCAGCAUGGCCAGCUCGCAGAUCGACUCCAGUCUCUGGAUGUACAAAUCCGACGCCAUCAGUAUCCAGCUGCCCUGCAAUGAGAGAAAUUUCGAGUUUGAUAUUCCCGAAUUAUCGGAGCCCUUACGGCCACCAAAAACAGCAGCGAGCCAAGCCCUACCUCCGCUACCCGACAGCACCGGAUUUCUUGCCCUCCAUGUCCGCAUCCACUUUCUGCGAGGUCGCAUCCUGCAGUAUACGAAAAAUGCAGUGCAAAACCCCCAAGUCGACGAUAUCGCAUCCAUCCCGACGCGCUGUGCUGUGUUGGCUGGGGAGCUGGAAGCAUUUGCAGCAAGACUGCCAGCCAGCUUUCGGUGGUCGGAAGCGAAUGUUCGGCUUAGAACUUAUUCACCGCGGCUUUGUGUAUUUUUGAUGACACAUGUUUGGUGGGAGCAAUGCUUCAUUGAUUUGUAUCGCUUUGCACUUCCAAAUUUGGAAGGAGCUUUGCCCGCACCUUACGCUGCCCAGCUUGAGGCUCAAUGCCCGGACUUUGUUCAGUACUGCCGACGUCAGACGUAUAAACAUGCCAUGGCCAUGGUGGGAAUUUUUCGGCUGCUGUUGGCUCUUGACAGCGGUAUUCCAGUCACAGAUCUGGACCUUCCAAUCUGUCUACAUCAAUGUGCACGAAUGCUGCAUUACUUCCGCCAGACAGACUUCUAUGAAGCUACUGCUCUCCAGCAGGAGCCAGUUAUCGACAGUAUCCAAUUAUGCGUCAGAGUUCUUGACCGCUGCAUCAAAGCUCCUGCUACGCUGCGCAUCCGUGAGAACCUCGGCAGUCUCAUCGGCCGGGAACUUGCGCAGUUGGCGCCAAGUGUACCGGAGCACACCGGUAUCACGGAUGCCGAAAUGGAUGGCAUGUACGCUGUCGCCGCCACCGUUGACGUCAGCCUGAGCAGCGACUAA